AUGAAGUUCACUUCUAUCUUCACCUACGUCGCCCUCCUCGUCGCCCCCCUCGCCACGGCAGUCACUGUCUCUUACGACGAGACUUACGACAACGCUGGAGGUUCUUUGACCACCGUCGCAUGCUCAGACGGACCCAACGGCCUCAUCACCCGUUUGAAGGUACAAACCUUCGGGAAACUUCCCAACUUCCCAAACAUCGGGGGCGCAUCGGCCGUUGGCGGCUGGAACUCUGCCCAAUGCGGAACCUGUUGGGAGCUUUCGUACAACGGCAGGAAAAUCAACGUCCUCGCCGUUGAUCACACCGACGCUGGUUUCAAUAUUGCUCUGAAGGCGAUGAACACGCUGACCAAUGGUCAAGCCGUUCAGCUUGGCAGAAUUGAUGCCAGUGUCCGGCAGGUUUCGUCGUCCGUAUGCGGACUUUAA